CAGAACCUGUCUGAAAUAGUCAGGCCUUACAUGGCAACCAGAAAACAAUUAGAUAAAUACUAGGAGCGGCAACAUCUAGAGAGCCAGAAAAAGGAAAGACAAGAGAAGGAACAGGUCUACAUUUGGCCCCUCUUCCCAGCCUCUUUUCCUCUCAGGAAACACAUCCUGUUGCUGGCCGAGUGUGGUGGCCAACGUGUUUGUUGCACACAAGAGAGAGGACUUCAAGUGAACACCCCCACCCCCACCACCCCUCGAGCUGCAGACAAAAGAGUACACAACAGUGACGUCCAAGAGGGGGUCUUUCUGGACAUUUGAGUCGCACCAAAACCUUGGCCCAUUUAAAGCGAACAUGAAGAAGGGAGCUGUCCGAUUAUGACACAGACGUCUCUCAGCCAUAUGCAAGUGUACAACUCUGACCAAAAAGGAUUUACAGCCAGGCUGUGAGGGAAAGAGCAGCAGGGGAAGGUAGGUCAGGCGGAGGAGAGACUCCUAGCAACACUGUAAAGAGAACCUAUCCUUUUUUUGCAACUUUACUCUGCAUACAGACAGCAUAUUAUACGUGAAGCAGUGUGCGUAGAUCAGACCGGAGGAUCAAAAUCAAAGAGUCAAGCUGCAGCAAGAAGGAGCUAGUGGAAUGGACCUCUGUUGGCUCGAUCCCAGCAUACCCACAGUGCUGUCAGAAGAGGAGGGCUGAGGAUCUGCUGCAACCAAAUCACGAAUGAGGAUGAAUGGAGAUGUUCUUUAGCUAAAGAUCAAGACAACUGCCUUCCUAUUGUCCAUUUGUGUGACACAAGUAAUCAGCUGGAGCAGGAGGCUGCACCACCCCUGGUGGUGGUGGAGGCAGCGGAGGAGGAGGUUGCUGCCCCGGAGGAGAGACAAGGGAGCAGGCAGGACACUGAAGAAGAACAGGGGUUGGAACGAGAGGGAGAGGGAGGGGGAGGAGAGGUGGCGGGCAGGGGGUGUCACAUGGCCGUACAGAGGCUAGUGGUGGCGGCAGUAGCAGUUGCCCUGCUGUCUCUGGUUCUGAACAAUGUUGCAGCCUUCACCCCCAGCUGGGUCCUGCAGGCCCUGGAAGAUGGACGCAAGAGGAGUGUGGGACUGUGGAAGAUGUGCCCCACCGGAGCAGAGAAGGGUCGGGAUGACCUCCAGGCUGGCAGAAGGGGGCAGGGGGCACAGAGGCAGUGUGAAAGUCUGGGAUGGGGCUCUGAGUAUGCUGGCUAUCAAGAAUCCCGCAGCUCUGUUAAAUUGCAGUUUGACAUGAUGCGGGCAUGCAACUUGAUGGCGACCGUGGCCCUGACUGCUGGUCAACUGAUCUUCCUCCUCGGCCUGAUGGAGCUACCAUUAAUCACGCGAGAAUCCCAGUGGUGGGAGGAGGCCAUUGCUGCACUUUUCCAGCUAGCCAGUUUUGUGCUGGUGAUUGGACUUGUGACCUUCUACAGGAUCGGCCCUUACACACACCUGUCCUACUCCUGCUUCAUGGACAUAGCUGCUUGCCUUCUAGCUACCAUGUCAGCAGCCAUGCUCAUCUGGAACAUUUUACACCGCCGUGAUGACUGCCUGGCACCACGGGUCAUCAUCAUCAGUCGCUCGCUGGCAUCCCCUUUCCACCCACGCCUGGACAAUGACUAUGUGGACUCGCCAUGUUAAGCAAAGCAACAGCUCAGCAACUACUCGGGCUUUUAUUAAUCCUGUUGACUCACACAAGACAUGAAGUGUCAGAUGGGUCAGGCCUUUAUCUACCUGCCAAAUGCUCACUUUCAUAAUCUACAACUAUGUCAGAAUUCUAUUGCUACAUGUCACCAAGUAAAUAUUUCCAAUAGAGAUGUCAUUGGUGGCUAAAUACUUCACUAGUUUGGACCAGGACACACUCUUGUGCUUAACAUCCUCCCCAAACAGAAGAUCAAGCUGGAUCUUGACCUUAAAUGUUAUAUGUGCACUUAUUCAAAAGUUCUACUAUAAAAUUGGAAUUAUGACAGAUGUUGAAAACAAAACAGAAUACCUCAUGUUUUUCCUCCCAUCAGUUUGAAGCAUACAAAAAUGUAAUAUUGAUAUAUCUUUAGAUGGUAAACUAAUUAAAACAUCAUAGUCAGUCAACUUAGCAAAGUUUCUUAAUGGGUAACUGCAAUAUCAUUUUAUUGUGUCUGCAUAGAGGAAAAGGCGGAUACCGAAAUACACAAAUACUUUUCUGCAACCCACUUAGAAGUCAGCUUGUUUGUGGUACAUUCCGUAUGCUAAUUUAAUAUCAGUUAUCUGCAUUCAAAUACAGUGUUAUCAUUAAGGUGUAGUAAUAUUUAGAUUAUUAUAAAGAGCCCCUGUGGGUCCUACACUUUUCUAAAUAUAGAUAAAUUAUAAAUUCAAUAAACUGAUAAAGAAAAAAUACAGAACUUCUUACGAGCAUUUGUCAAUGUUAUCUUUUGUUUGUACAUUAUACAGUAUUUUUAUUUUCUAUGGCUGUUGGAAAGAGUGGCGGGAUAGCAAAAAGACAGUAAGUGAGAGAUAACACAGCACUAUGUCACCAAAAGUCAGGGACAACAUGAAUUCCAGGAAAUGGCGCAAAUGGCUGGAAUGCCUGGAAUACAAUUCCAGCCUCUAUCUGAUACCUCUGCAUCAUUCUCAGCAUUUUAGACUGGCAUUUAAACACACAUGUUAAGUCUCAGUGGACGUGCAUUUAUAUGAAUAAGACAAUUUAUGUCAUGCUAAAAAAAUCCAAAGGUUUUCUUAUACUGUAGGUCAGGGGUCACCAACGUUUUUUCUUGUGAGAGCUACUUUUACAAAAUGAAAAUGGCCAUGAGUUACUCAUUUUUGUAGAAAUGAUUUUCAUACCUUUUUUCAACCCAAACAAAUCAAAUAUGCUUGUUUUACCAAAACAUUCACAAAAUGCUGGUAUCCACAACUCACAUUUUAUGUUUCAGAAUACAUUUCUUUCUAGUGUUCUCACAUUAUUAACUGAAAACCUGAAUGAAAAGCGGGCUCGCGGGCACCUCAUGUGGUCGUGGGGGGCUACCUGGUGCCCGCGGGCACUGUGUGGUGAUCCCUGCUGUAGGUAUUUUCCAACUGUGUUGGAAACUGUUCAUUAAUUUAUACAAAUAUUUAGCCUUUCCAUAUGAAUAAUGAUGCACUAAAUUAGUAGGAAAAACACAUUAUUACCUGCAAAAGCAUUAUUUCAGCACAUUACAGUGAAACCUGCCAAAUCAAACACAAUGACGAUUGUUUUAAAAUAUUUUUUCAAUAGGAAAUAAUGUAAGGCUAAUUCAUUUGUUCUUGGCUCAAACUGUCGCUGUCAUAAAAUCUUUAUUAACUACAGUGGCAUAUAAAAAGUAUUUGCCUACUUCCUGAUUAUUUUUUUGCAUGUUUGUCACAAUUAAAUGUUUCAGAUCAUCAGAUAAAUUAAAAUAUUAGUCAAUGACAACACAACUGAACACAAAUUGCAGUUUUUAAAUGAAAGCUAUUAUUAAGGGGAAAAAAGUCCAAACCUACAGGGUCGUGUGUGAAAAAGUGAUUGCCCCUUAACCCUAAAAACUGGUUGGGCUACUCUUAGCAGCAGCAACUGCAAUCAAGCGAUAACUUACAAUGAGUCUCUUUCAGCGCUGUGGGGGGAAUUCUGGCCCACUCAUCUUUGCAGAAUUGUUGCAAUUCAGCCACAUUGGAGGGUUUUUGAGCCAGAACGGCCUUUUUAAGGUCAUGCUACAGCAUCUCAAUAGGAUUUAGGUUAGGACUUUGACUAGGCCACUCCAAAGUCUUCAUUUUGUUUUUCUUCAGUCAUUCAGAGGUGGACUUGCUGGUGUGUUUUGGAUCAUUGUCCUGCUGCAAAAUCCAAGUUUGUUUCAGCUUGAGGUCACGAUGGCCCGACAUUCACCUUCAGGAUAUUUUUCGUAGACAGCAGAAUUCAUGGUUCCAUUUAUUGCAGCAAGUCAUCCAGGUCCUGAAGCAGCAAAAUAGCCCCAGACCAUCACAAUACCACCACCAUAUUUUACUGUUGGUAUGGCGUUCAUUUUCUGAAAUGCAGGGUUGGUUUUACACCAGAUGUAAUAGGACACACAGCUUCCAAAAAGUUAAACUUUUGUCUCAUUAGAUUAUUAUCAGAGUAUUUUCCCAAAGGUCUUGGGGAUCAUCAAGAUGUUUUCUGGAAAAACUGAGACAAGCCUUAAUGUUCUUUUUGUUCAGCAGCGGUUUUCGUAUUGGAACUCAGUGUCUUUCUUAUGGUGGAGUCAUAAACACUGAGGCAAGUGAGGCCUGCAGUUCUUUGGAUGUUGUUGUGGGGUCUUUUGUGACCACUGGGAUGAGUCGUCGCUGCUCUCUUGAGGUAAUUUUGGUUGUUUGGCCACUCCUGGGAAGGUUCACCACUAUUCCAUGUCUUCAUCAUUUGUGGAUAAUGGUUCUUACUGUGGUUCGCUGGAGUCCCAAAGCUUUAGAAAUGUCUUUAUAACCUUCUCCAGACUGAUGCAUCUCCAUUUCUUUCAUUCUCAUUUGUUCCUGAAUUUCUUUAGAUCUCAGCAUGAUGUCUAGCUUUUGAACAUCUUUUGGUUUACUUCACUUUGUCAGGCAGGUCCUAUUUUAGUGAUUUCUUAAGUGAGAACAAGUGUGGUAGUAACCAGGCUUGGGUGUAAGGUGUGAUAAAACACAGUGAAGUUAUGUUUUAACAGGGGGGGCAAUGACAUUUUCGCACAGGGCCAUUUGGGUUUGAAUUUUUU